AUGGAGCUGGCAGAGGAGCGGCCUGAAGGCUGGAGGUGGGCGGUGAACCCCUGGGAAGGGGAGAGAUGCGUGUGGCUGGGCCUUAGGCUGGCGGGCUGGGGGAGCUGCGAGCAGAGAGAGCAGCAUCGGCACCAGUUACUCUGUGCAAAAAACCUGGUGAAAAAGGAUUUUUUCCGGCUUCCUGAUCCAUUUGCUAAGGUGGUGGUUGACGGAUCCGGGCAGUGCCAUUCCACAGACACUGUGAGGAACACCCUCGAUCCGAAGUGGAAUCAGCAUUAUGACCUGUAUAUUGGAAAGUCUGAUUCAGUUACAAUCAGUGUGUGGAAUCACAAGAAGAUCCAUAAGAAACAAGGAGCUGGAUUUCUUGGUUGUGUUCGCCUUCUCUCCAAUGCCAUCAACCGCCUCAAAGACACUGGCUAUCAGAGGUUGGAUCUAUGCAAACUUGGGCCAAAUGACAAUGAUACAGUUAGAGGACAGAUAGUAGUAAGCCUCCAGUCCAGAGACCGGAUAGGCACAGGAGGACAAGCUGUGGACUGCAGUCGUUUGUUUGACAAUGAUUUACCAGACGGCUGGGAAGAAAGGCGAACUGCCUCUGGAAGAAUCCAGUAUCUAAACCAUAUCACGAGAACUACGCAAUGGGAACGCCCAACACGACCGGCAUCUGAAUAUUCUAGUCCUGGCAGACCUCUUAGCUGCUUUGUUGAUGAGAACACUCCAAUUAGUGGAACAAAUGGUGCAACGAGUGGACAGUCUUCAGACCCCAGGCUGGCAGAGAGGAGAGUCAGGUCACAGCGACAUAGAAAUUACAUGAGCAGGACACAUUUGCAUACUCCUCCAGACCUACCGGAAGGCUAUGAGCAGAGGACAACACAGCAAGGCCAAGUGUAUUUCCUACAUACUCAGACUGGUGUGAGCACGUGGCAUGACCCACGAGUGCCAAGGGAUCUUAGCAACAUCAACUGUGAAGAGCUUGGCCCGUUGCCCCCUGGAUGGGAGAUCCGUAAUACGGCCACAGGCAGAGUCUAUUUCGUUGACCACAACAACAGAACAACACAAUUUACAGAUCCGCGGCUCUCUGCUAACUUGCAUUUGGUUUUGAAUCGGCAGAACCAGUUGAAAGACCAGCAGCAACAGCAGGUGGUGUCAUUAUGUCCUGAUGACACAGAGUGUUUGACAGUCCCGAGGUACAAGCGAGACCUGGUUCAGAAGCUAAAAAUUUUGCGACAGGAACUUUCCCAGCAACAGCCUCAGGCUGGCCACUGCCGCAUUGAGGUUUCCAGGGAAGAGAUUUUUGAGGAAUCAUAUAGACAGGUCAUGAAAAUGAGACCAAAAGAUCUCUGGAAACGAUUAAUGAUAAAAUUUCGUGGAGAAGAAGGCCUUGACUAUGGGGGCGUUGCCAGAGAAUGGCUGUAUCUCUUAUCACACGAAAUGUUAAAUCCAUACUAUGGCCUCUUCCAGUAUUCAAGAGAUGACAUCUAUACACUGCAGAUCAAUCCUGAUUCUGCAGUUAAUCCGGAGCAUUUAUCAUAUUUCCACUUCGUUGGUCGAAUAAUGGGAAUGGCUGUGUUUCAUGGGCACUAUAUCGACGGUGGCUUUACACUGCCUUUUUAUAAGCAGCUGCUUGGGAAGCCCAUCACUUUGGAUGACAUGGAGCUAGUUGAUCCAGACCUCCAUAACAGUUUAGUGUGGAUACUGGAGAAUGAUACCACAGGUGUUUUGGACCAUACCUUCUGUGUUGAGCAUAAUGCAUAUGGUGAAAUUAUUCAGCAUGAACUGAAACCAAAUGGCAAAAGUAUCCCUGUUACUGAAGAAAAUAAAAAAGAAUAUGUCAGGCUUUAUGUUAACUGGAGGUUUUUACGAGGCAUCGAGGCACAGUUCCUGGCCCUGCAGAAGGGAUUUGAUGAAGUGAUUCCGCAGCACCUGCUGAAGACGUUUGAUGAGAAGGAGCUGGAGGUGAGUUGUGUUGGUUUUAUGCCAUUAUCUAGCUUGGCAAGGAAAGACUGGGAGUUGUUUUGUUACUUAGUUUCAGAGGAAAGUUGUAGCACUGGUGCGACUGAAGGUGCCACGAUGGCUUGGGUAGGGUCCCUGGGCGUGGCCCUGCGUCAGGAUGUCCGGCAGGGCUCUGGGGGUUCUGUGCUUUGGCAUCGCUGCCAGAGGAUCAGGCAGACGGUCUUCCUCGCUUCCUGGACACGUUUCCUGCGUUGCUGGGCGCGGUGGCAGCCUUCCCAGGGCAGGGAGGCUUCGGCGCUCCCGCCGCCCUCGGCAGGGCUGGGUGCUGGGGCCCGGAGGACGGGCCACAACCUGCCCAAGGCCCACACCUGCUUCAACCGCAUAGACAUCCCCCCGUACGAGAGCUACGAAAAGCUGUGUGAGAAGCUGCUCACGGCCAUCGAGGAGACAUGCGGCUUUGCUGUGGAGUGACAGACUCAAGGGCUACCCGGGACUCUACACCCUGGCGGGCAGCCUCCUUUCCUCAGCGUGUCGGAGAUUGCUGAAAUACGGGAAAACAUCCCCUUAAGAAAUUUUCGGACACUGGGGGGAAAGGACAAUUUCGAAAUUCCUUUUCAAGGAAAAGAAGGUCUCUGUGCUUUGCCAUGAGGCCACAUUCAGCUGCUAUUUAAGAUUAAUGUCUUGAACCUGAAGAAUGCUGGCUUUCCUGCAUUUCCAGAGUGAGGCAGUGUUCUCCUCUAAAAGACUACUAUUUUUGUAAAAGGCAGUCUGUUCGAAUCGCCUCACAGAUUUCAGUCUCUCAGACACCCGGACAGCCUGAGCAGUCGGUACAGGUCCCCUUUCGUUUCGAUUGAACACAUGAUUUUGAACAGCUCCUGUACUCGCGCUUUGUAAAAAAAUCAAAUAAAAUUAUUUUGAACUAUUAAAACUUUUGCAAACAGU